GCCUCGCUCCCACAGUAGCCGCGCUCUCCCCGCUCGCGCCGGACCGCCCCGCUCCUCCUGCUCCCGCCGCCGGUCGCAGCAGGGCACAGCCGCAGCAUGCCGCAGCCCGCGGCCGCCCUCGGGGCUGCCCUCCUGCUAGUCCUGCUGGCUACAGACUCCUCGCCGACCGUGCUGCUGAGAGCCCCGGAGGCUGCCCAGUUCUUGCGGCAGAGGCAGCGCCGAGCCUACCAGAUCUUCGAGGAGACCAAGCAAGGCCAUCUGGAGCGGGAGUGCGUAGAGGAGCUGUGCAACAAGGAAGAAGCCAGGGAAGUGUUUGAAAACGACCCUGAGACGAUACCUCUUACUUCCUCUACCUCAUGCCAUGAUCAGCAUCUUUACUUCUUGGAUAGUGGGACUAUUUUUACCCGAAAUACUUGGCUUGUAUUGACAAAUUUGGGUCACCGUAUACAAGAAGUCCAGAUUUCCUUACAUGCGUUCAUAUGCCUUUCAUCAGAGGUUCUCAAAUUACUUUACAAAGGAGGGGAUUUACCAAAUCAGUGUUCUCCUUACCCUUGCCAGAAAGAGGGGACUGAAAUAUGUGAAGAUCUAAAGGGUGACUUCUUUUGUCAUUGCAGACGUGGCUGGCGUGGGCGAAAAUGUGAAGAAGAUAUUAAUGAAUGCAGUGUGCAGAAUGGUGGCUGUAACCAAGUCUGUCUCAACAACCCAGGCAGUUACCGCUGUUCAUGCUAUAGUGGUUAUGCUCUUCUUAAAAACAAUAAAAUAUGUGAAGACAUAGAUGAAUGCACAGUAUCAACAGGCAUCUGUGGAGAAGCUCGUUGUAAAAAUUUAAUAAGCUCAUAUGCAUGUCUGUGUGAUACAGGCUACAAAUAUGAUAACUUAAGCAAGUCUUGUCAAGAUGUGAAUGAAUGUGAAGAGAAACUCUGUGAGCAAACCUGUGUCAAUUCACCAGGGAGUUACACCUGUCACUGUGAUGGCAAAGGGAGAGUUAAGCUUUCCCAGGACAUGAACACUUGUGAGGAUAUUAUACCUUGUGUGUCUUUUGCUGUUGCGAAAAGUGUUAAAUCUCUGUACCUGGGGAGAAUGUUCAGUGGUACACCUAUUAUCAGACUACGCUUUAAAAGGAAACAGCCCACAAGACUUGUGGCUGAAUUCGACUUUAGAACCUUUGAUCCUGAAGGUAUCCUUUUCUUUGCUGGAGGCCAUCAAGACAGCACAUGGAUAGUCUUAGCUUUGCGCAACGGACGGUUAGAAUUGCAGUUGAAGUACAAUGGAAUAGGCCGUGUGACCAGCAGUGGGCCAGUUAUCAACCAUGGCAUGUGGCAAACAAUCUCUGUUGAAGAACUGGAGAGAAGUUUGUUUAUAAAGGUCAACAAGGAUGCAGUUAUGAAAAUAGCUGUUGCAGGAGAUCUGUUUACUUUGGACAAAGGACUAUAUCAGCUGAACUUAACAGUAGGAGGCAUUCCUUUUAAAACUAAAGGCCUUAUUCAGCCCAUAAACCCUCGGCUGGAUGGUUGUAUGCGGGCAUGGAACUGGUUGAAUGGCGAAGAUACUACUAUCCAAGAAACAAUAAAGCUGAAUGACAAGAUGCAGUGCUUCUCAGUGGCAGGACGAGGAUCCUUCUAUCCUGGCAAUGGUUUUGCUAUAUUUAAUUUCAGUUAUAUGCAACCAUCUGCUGGAAAUGAAACUGAAAGGAAUUGGGAAGUAGAAGUAAACACUGUAAUUCGGCCAGCAGCAGAUACUGGGGUACUGUUUGCUCUGGUUGGUGAAGAAGCUUCAGUCCCUUUAUCAUUGGCUCUGAUUGACUAUCAUUCCACAAAGAAACUUAAACAACAGUUCGUUAUCUUGGCCAUGGAGAGCACAGUUGUGUCCAGACUGGCAAUAAACGUUUGUGAUGAUCAGGAACACUCUGUGAACAUCUUCAUCAGCAAGGGGCAGUUAUCGCUCACCGUGGAUGGGACUGCAGGACAGAGUGAAUUAAGCCAUUCCCAGCUACAAGACAGUCUGUUUCUCUUGGAGGGCUACUUGCAGUCAUCUGUGAAGACACAUGUGGGAGGACUGCCAGAUGUUCCUGUCACUUCCACUCCAGUCACUGCAUUUUACCAUGGCUGCAUGACUGUGAAGAUGAAUAAUAAGGCACUGGACUUAGAUGAGGCUUUUUACAAGCAUGGUGACAUCACAUCACAUUCUUGUCCUCCAACUGAGACUGGUCAAUAGGUAUUUUCCUACAUCAAUAUCCCAUCCUUCCAACUUGAAGUAGCUCUAAAGAAAACAGCACAAUCUUGGAAGACAUCUGACACUUCCUACUAAUUGGAGGAACAAAACCCAGUUUAAGCUUUGUUCUUUUCAAAGAGCACCUGCUAGCAAAAUAGUUUCACCUCUAGCAUUUGUGUUAUUUCUGUAGUACUUCGCAAAUAAAUAGCUGUGAGGCAUAUGAGUCACAAAUCUGUGUGACCUUUGUUAAAGCCAAUGGUUAUAUUUAUAGUGCCAGAAUUAUCUUGGAUACUGAAAAGAAGAAUUUUGUGGUAUGAGGUGGUGCUGUGCAAUUCCACACUCAACAUUAUGUGAGAGACUAUAACAGUGUACUGUGCUUAAAAAAGUUAAUUGAAAUAAUUGACAUACAUGGGAAAUGCAUCAUUUUGAUGCAAAAAUUGCUUCAAUUAUUUAUGUGUGUAAAGACUUUAUACACCUACUUUGUGUGGACAAAAAGUUAGGAUUUACAGUAUAAAAAUAUGGAGAAUAUAGGAAUGUGCAUUAUUUCUAAACGGAUGACAUCUGUAAUACUAUACAGCAGCGCUCAGGUGGGGGUGGGGGGGCAGGUGAGGGUGGUGUUAGGGGGGGUUUCUUUCACACACCUUUGUUUUCUAACUGGCAGCAGUGAGAUGUCAGAGUAGGACACAUACCUACCUCCUCUCCCUCUCAAUCAAUUGUACAGAAACAGUGAAAUCUCCACCCCCCCCCCCUUCUGAAGCAGUUCAUGUAGUUCACUAAGCCACUGAAGUUAAUGGUGUCAGUCCAUUCUAAAACUUAGGGUUGACACCAUGUGUCUUCUAUGCUUCUAACCAGCCAAAAUUCUCAUUAUACAAAACUGGAUAUAUGUGUAGUUUAUUUUGUGCCUGAGGAGCUGAUCUGUUUGUUGUCGUUCGUACAGCCAUGGAAAUCCAAGCACUUAUGAUAAACUAAAAUCACUAGCUCAUGUGUUUUGAAAGUAACUUACCCUUCUCUCCACCUUGCUUAAAAUCUUUUUUUUUUUUAAGCUUGAGUGCAAAAAUUCCGUUUGCCUUGCUCCUGCAAGGCAACUCCCUGUGCCUUCUUCAAUAAGCCCAAACCUAACCCUGAUCCUUUUCAGAAACCAUUCUGAACUGAAUAGGUAGGUUUCUCUGGUGCAUUUUGAAUAACAUUUCAUAUUUUGUAUUGAAGUCUUUUUUUUUUGUACAUCAAUAGAAAACUCAUUGAUGGAUGGAAACUUCCACAUAAUUUUAUGAUCUUUUGCUGUGAUUUCAGCUGUUCAAAUGUUCACAUCCUUUGAAGGAAAGCAGUCUAGUAUUCUUAAUAGAUUUUUAUUUUUUUUAACUGUAACAACUGCUUAAAAACUUCAAGAUAAAAUAUGUCCCCCUUCCCAUUUUGCACUUUGACUGUUGGGAAACUUUUUUUUAAGUUUCCAGUGUGGCACUGGAUUAAUUGUUGCCCAAUGGGCUAGGUCCAUGGAGCAAACUACAUUUCCUGUGCUGUCCCACAGUCCUGCUGUGGCAAAGAACACUGAGGCCCUCGGGGUACUGCAGGAGGAAUCAGCAACUGAGGGAGUCAUUAAUUAAUUAUUUUCAUCCUUGUUUAAGCACUAUCAUCACUGAGAAUAGUGCUUGCUACUUAUCCAGAAGAGGGAGUACAAGAUCAUGUCUUUCCUUUGGAUGCUACCUCCACAGGAGUUACUGUGUGUAUGUGUAUUUUUAAAUUCUCUGUAGUGGGAGGCUGGAAGGGGAAAAACCCCAAAAAGGAAUACUCUGAGCACUCACCAAUGCAUUGCUACAGCUUCAAAACUACUGGACAGGUCUCUUUUUACAUAAUAAUUUAGGUCAACAUGCAGCAUUGUAGUUUCCAUUUUUACUAGAAAAGGAACAUUUGCCCCCAUCUCAUCUGCCUUUUACACUAUGGAAAAAUACAGAGUUCAGUACUAAGUAUUAUAUACAGGUUCAAUACUUAACUGGAAAUUGCACCUUUAACUCACCGAUAUGACAUUUUAUCAUUGUUAGCAUUAGCUGGACUGGUACACAAUUCAAACAUUUCAAACAGAAUUAAAACAGCCCUGUUCAAAUAAAAUUUUAUAUUUGUACCUUACUUUUCGGAAUAGGACAAUACUAAUUGGGAUCUUGACCUCUGAAUUUUGCUUCCCCUUUCUUGUGAUGUGUACACCGACUUAGGUACAGUAUUAUGGGUACGUCCAGACUACCCGCCGGAUCAGCGGGUAGCGAUCGAUCUAUCAGGGAUCGAUAUAUCGCAUCUCAUCUAGAUGCGAUAUAUCGAUCCCCGAACGCACUCCCAUCGACUCUGGAACUCCACCAGGGCCAGUGGCGGUAGCAGAGUCGACAGGGAAGCCUGCGACCGUCGAUCCCGUGAGGUAAGUCGAAAGUAUGAUACGUCGACUUCAGCUACGCUAUUCCUGUAGCUGAAGUUGCAUAUCUUACAUCGACACCCCCCCCCCAGUGUAGACCAAACAAAUACAGCAUAUUUUAUUGUUAAAUAAUUGUCACACAGUAUUUAUUGGAACAACAUUUUUACCAAAAAGGGGCUCUUAACUGAAUAGUAUAAGGGGGAAAAAAAUCUGGUUUCCUUCAAUCCAGACUCCCCACUUGUAUCCACCAGACUAUAAGAGUUCUAAUUCAGAAGUAUCACUCUAUACUGGUUUAUGAAAAUGGAACCAAGUAUUCUAAGUGUUUUUCUUUGUUUCUUCUAGUGAAAAAAAGGUCACUAUGUAUUAUGCUAAGAGAGAAAAUCAUGCUCAUGUUAGCCAGACAGCAAUGUCCCAAUUGACUACAUGCAAACUGUGUGGUGACUGAUACCUUCCUCUGGUGACACGCCUGCCUUAGGUUUCCAGUAUUCUGGUUAGUUCACAGUGAGUUGGGGUUAAAAGUAGAACAAUCAUAGAACACAAAACAGUUUCCUUAAUAGUCUGCUGCCUGUGCAGCUCAGAGUUUCCAAAGAUGUCUUUUAAAAAAAAAUCAGUUAAAAUGUAAUUCUGUGUUCUAGGGUGCAUACGGUGGAGGCUUUUCUUCUGGCAGGAAGUAAGUUGGUGUGUAUAGUGGCGGGGCAUUGGGUGGGAGACCAUAGUUCGAGCUUGACUGAGAUGGAGGCUGAGUAUCAUCAGAUAAAGAAAUAUCAGUAGAUGAUGAUGCUGGAAAAUGGCUUGCAGGCUGUAAUUAAACAAAGAAAAAAAUGCCAUCUUCAGUAAGGGAUUAGAGACAUGUUUGCAGCUAUACUGUAUUAAAAUGUACCAUUAAACCUCUCAGAUAUCUUUAAUGUGCACAUCCCUGUGGUGGUGGUAACGCACACGUUAAGACUGUGACAUGCAGUGCAUAUCGAGGUGAGACAGUUUACACUUAUCACUUAAGUUAGUCUUAAUAUGAGUUUUAUGCAUACAAUUCACCCUUCAUCUAGGCAACUGAAUAAAAUACACUUUUUUUUUUUUUGCAAAAGAGGAUGCUCUAGUCCCCCAGGUAAGUCAGUAUAGCAGAGUGGGCUUUAAGGGGUAUGCAGUUGUUUAUUUAAAAUUCAUAUUGCUACCUGGAAACUAUCCUAGGGCUGUAGGCAUUAUAUAUAAUAAGUUACCUCUUUUGAUCUCAUAAGCCGGUCAGGGCUCUGUACAAACUGUUGGUGGAGUCUGGUAUCUUUGAUGCAAUCUUGUUUGUCUACAAACCACAUACAAAAUUCUAUUUCCCUGAACAGAGGAGCAACCAAACACCAGGGCAGCAUCCUUGCUCUCUAACCAAAAACCUCUUUUAGCUAGCAACCUCCCUACCCCCAAAAAAAGGUCUCUCUCUCUAGGCUUUUUCCAGGAUUGUGCUCCCAGCUGUGUCUGCUUGUCUCUCUUGUGCUUCUUCACUCUCAUAUAUCCACCUCCCCACUGUGGAGUUCUCUGCCCACUCAGUCCAAAUUACGGGGCAGGCUCGCAUGCCCCUUGUGUCUUAGCUGUAAGGUGAAGGUGUUUGGCUGUCUAUUUUAAAUGAGGGGUAGAAGUCAUAACAAUUUAAGUAAGGUUUAACCUGACCCACAAUAUCUUAUUUCAGUAUAGGAUGCCUAUUCUCUGAUCCACUUUAUGGCCCUCUGGGUAAGUGUGCGUGGAAUGUAUGUAUGAGAUAGAUAGAUUUGGAUAUAUAAUGUAUGUGACUGACUGGACUGUAAUACUCUGGCUCCUUUUGGAUUUGGACUGGAGUGAGGAGCUCUACGUGCUUACAAAGCAGCUCAUCUUCAACCAUUAAUGCUUCACCCACUUUGUUAAAAACAAAAGGGCACAUUGACACUAUUUUAAAUAAGUUUUGCCAUUGACUUCAGUGGGGCCAGGAUUUCAUCCUUGACCCUCAGAUGUUAAUCACCUGCCAUUCCAAGGGUGUCAGCUGAAGUGGUGAGUGCCCAGCUUUGAAGUGCUCAGAUUCAAAGACCCUGAAAUUUUUCAAAUU